AUGAUGUGCUUCAUACUGCUGGCUCUAAUUGGGUUUGCUCGUGCAGACGGUUACGGCGUUCCUUCCCCAGCGCAAAGCGUCGCUCCUGCUCCAGCUCCUUACGGUGCACCGUACUCAUCCAGUGCUGUAGCACUACAGCAGCAACAACCUGCUCAGUACCAACCAUACACUAAUGUGAUCAAUCAGCCUGUUCCAAUCGGAGUACAGCAUGGAUUAACCGGCUAUCCCCCGACUGUUUACGGAAUGUACUCCACACAACCACAACAACUCUCUCAAGGCCCCUAUCAGAUGUACGGCCAGCAACCUAUUUCAAGCUCGCUCUACAUGAACUAUCCACAAGGAAUGGUUCUCCGCACACAGCCACAGCAACAGCCUCAACAUGUGCAACAGGCACAACAGCAGCAAGCAGGGAUGACAGGAAUUCCUUCGCAGGCAGGCAUGGCAGGACUUCCUUCAGGCGCCAUGGCUUAUCUUACAUCACCUUAUCUUCCAUCAACGUCGAUAUCCUCGGCGGCCCCAACUGGAUACGCCGCUCAUCCUACAAUACCUGGUCCCACUAUGGAACGUGAACCUACCGUCUCAGGUGCAGCAAUGAACGCUUUCACUGCUCUCACAUCAUCCACUGUCGACCCGUGGGCGUCGCUGAGCGGUAUGACCACAAAGAAGACGGACGACAGAAAGAAGAAGAGCAGUGAAGGAAUCUGA